UUGCUUCCCUUCUCGAAAUGUGGUAGCUAUUAGCAUUCAUUUAUGAGACUGUGGUUUCGAAAUAUGUCAGAAGAUUGUGGGUGGUAGUUGUGUAGGAUUUUGAGGCAUCCAAAUGGAAUGACAAUUGUCGGUUGUGUUGAUUUUUGUUUAUAUAGAGUUCAAAAUUUUCUCUUCGAAAAUCCCUUUCUUCCUCUGAGUUUUCAAAAUGUGGAGUAGGUGGUGGCGUGCCGGCGGUGGAGUCGGUUUAUUGAAGCAAAGCUUAUCUGCGGUUGUUAACAUCGGCCAUGGUUGUGGAAGGAAGCUUCGUCCUGGUAAUCCUCCGUUAUUGGGUUCGAGGGAUAUUGCAACAGAAUGUCGAGGAGGAGGAGGAGGAGGAAUAAUUCCUUUAUCAUUUGUGUUCAGUGAGAUUAAGAGAGGGAUAUCUUCAUCGCCUGAAGACUCCAAUAAUUCGAAAUCAUCUGAUAAUGGCGGUAAUACAGAAAAAGAUAGUGGAAAAAGCGAUACCAUGUCCUUCUCAGAAGCUAAAAAGCUCAUGAGAUUGGUGAAUGUGGAAUCGCUCAAGUCUAAGCUGGAAGGGGAAGGAAAGGAAGUUAUUCCAUUCUCUGAGCUUCUUCAAGCAUGUGAGAAUACAGGUGUUGCUAGGUCUCCUGAAGAGGCUUCAGCUUAUGCUCGCGUUCUUGACGAAGCUGGAGUCAUUCUUCUUUUCAGGGAUAAGGUCUAUCUUCAUCCUCAAAAGGUGGCUGAUCUUGUUCGAAGAGCUGUUCCAUUGGUACUGACUUGUGAGGAUUCUACAAGUGAGGAGUUGAGGAGGCUGCAGGAGAAGAAACUAGAAAUUGAUAUGUUAGCACAUAAACAGGUCCGGAGAAUUCUCUGGUGCGGACUAGGAGCCAGUUUGCUUCAGGUUGGCCUCUUCUUCAGGCUAACAUUCUGGGAAUUCUCAUGGGAUGUGAUGGAGCCCAUUGCAUUUUUUGUCACGUCCACUGGCUUAGUAAUAGGUUAUGCCUACUUUCUGUUCACUUCAAGGGACCCCACAUAUCAGGACUUCAUGAAGAGGCUCUUCAUUUCUCGGCGGAAGAAGCUUAUCAAGAGGUAUAAUUUUGAUGUUGAGAGAUUCAAGGAGUUACAGAGAAGAAGCAUCCAAUCUUUAGAUGCCAAUACAAUUUUGAAGAAACGCUUGGGGAUGGAACUGGAUCUGGAUGACUCUUAACAAAAAGGUUAACAACUAAACAUUCUUUUUCUUUAUCAGAUGGGUUUUUAGUUAUACAUCCUUACCUUGAAUACAUCUUACAUAGGUUUCUCAGUAGAGGUAUAACAUGUGGACUUUUGUUAACAUUAAGCAUCCUACUUUUGACUGUUUUAAACAAGUUUCCACAUGUAAUGCCUCUGUUGAAGGAUUUUGAUAGCAAACACCAAAGAACUGCACUUGUGCGCGUUUUCACUAGUUUUUUGUUCUUUAUAACAUAGCCUUUCUGUUCUCUCUUACAUAGCCUUGUUCCCCAAUUUUGAUGUUGGCGGGAAUAAGUUUUAAGUCGAUGGCUUCAGUGCCAGCAUGCUUCUCCUAAUUAUUCUGCAUAUAUGUAUAAUUUCUCUUCCUUCUCUUGAGAAACCAUCAAAGAGCAUCGUAUCUUCUGCUUCCAUUUGUUUAACAUAAUUAGAUUGAUCUGCAUG